AUGGAUAAAUCAAAGUCUUUACUGCUAUGUAUUAUAUGUGCAUUUUGUCUUAUUAUAUUCCCUAGGAGUUUAGAGGGAACUUCCUUAACUUAUAAUGUUGCUGCUAAUGAAAGAGCCUGUUUUUAUGCAUGGGCAGACAAACCCGGAGAAAAAGUUGCCUUUUAUUUUGCGGUACAAACUGGUGGUUCCUUUGAUAUUGACUAUAUUGUAACAGAUCCACGCGGUAAGCAUGUGAUUUCUGGUGAUCGUGAACGUCAAGGAGAUUUUGUGUUUACGGCAAAUUAUGUUGGAGAAUAUUCUUUCUGUUUUUCAAAUGAUAUGUCAACAUUUGCCGAAAAACUCGUCGAUUUUGAAAUUUCGAUUGAAAAUGAACCUCGUGCCGAAUUACCACCAUCAAAAGGAAUUACUCCUGAUCAAACAAGUAGCAUGGAAGAAAGUUGUUUAAGACUUAGUAGCAGUUUGAGUACUGUAUCAAGAACCCAAAAAUAUUUCAGAACAAGAGAAAACAGAAAUUUCUCCACCGUCAAAAGUACCGAGAAUAGAAUUUUCUGGUUUGCCAUAUUAGAAAGUGCGGUGAUUGUUGGUAUGGCUGCGGUGCAAGUUUUUGUAAUUAAAACUUUCUUUAAUACUACAAAACGGGGUCACAAUUUGACAUUGAGUGCACUUUUAAGAGUUAUUGAAGCCAAUAAUAAAAAUUACAUAUUAGAAAAAUUUAAAGAGAAUGAUGGAUUAUAA